AAGAUUACAAAAUAUAAGUUGCUUCGACCUUCCUCUCUUCGGUGGCGUAUAAUUUGAUCAAUGAGUUUUGGAUACUUUGGGCCAAAGUCCAAAACCACAAAAAAUAAAAAAAUAAAAUAGAAAAGAACCAUUGAAAUCUUGCAACGUUCUCUCCAAGCCACCACACACCAUAUAAGCUCCAUUUUGCCUUCUGCAACCUCAUCGCGGUUUUCGUUACAUCCAUUGAUGAUGGAGAGAGCUGUUCUUCUUCGCUCUAUCUCGUCAUGUACUUCACAUGCGUGUAUUCGAACCUUCUCUCGUUCUUCCCAUCGUCUUUCCUCCAAUCGCCACCGUCUUAUCCCCAAUAUCCACCGCCGUUCUCCUCUUCGCCGCCACCUCCGCCAAAUCUCCACCGCCUUGCCAUCCCGCCUUCAUUUCAGUUCUCGCUUCUCGCCUGUAACCCCCAAAGCCAUCGCAACUUCAUCUCCACAGUUCUCACCUGAUGCUAUUGGCGCUCACGAUGAUGUUGCUGAGAAGCUUGGAUUUGAGAAGGUCUCCGAGCAGUUUAUUGAGGAGUGUAAGUCGACAGCUGUUUUGUAUAAACAUAAGAAAACCGGUUGCGAAGUAAUGUCUGUAUCAAAUGACGACGAGAACAAGGUCUUUGGUGUAGUUUUCCGAACUCCACCGAAAGAUUCAACUGGAAUUCCUCACAUAUUGGAACACAGUGUAUUAUGUGGUUCAAGAAAGUACCCUCUGAAAGAACCAUUUGUUGAACUACUGAAGGGGAGCUUGCACACCUUUCUAAAUGCAUUCACAUAUCCUGAUAGGACAUGCUAUCCUGUUGCAUCCACAAACACAAAGGAUUUUUAUAACUUGGUUGAUGUAUACCUGGAUGCUGUCUUCUUUCCUAAAUGUGUGGAGGACAUUAAGACUUUCCAACAAGAGGGUUGGCAUUAUGAGCUGAAUGACCCUUCUGAAGAAAUUACUUAUAAAGGUGUUGUAUUCAAUGAGAUGAAAGGUGUUUACUCUCAGCCUGAUAACAUAUUAGGCCGAACAUCUCAACAGGCUGUUUUUCCAGACAAUGCUUAUGGUGUUGACAGUGGAGGUGAUCCCCAAGUCAUACCCAACCUCACAUAUGAAGAGUUCAAGGAUUUUCAUCGUAAGUAUUAUCAUCCAAGCAAUGCCAGGAUUUGGUUUUAUGGAGAUGAUGAUACAAAUGAACGCCUGCGAAUCUUAAGUGAAUAUCUAGAUUUGUUCGAUGCAAGUCCAGCUCGCCUUGAAUCAAAGAUUGAAACCCAGAAACUGUUUUCAAAACCAGUUAGAGUUGUUGAGAAAUACCCUGCUGCUGAAGGUGGUGAUUUAAAGAAAAACCACAUGGUAUGCCUUAAUUGGUUGCUUUCUGAUGAGCCUCUAGGCCUUGAAACCGAGCUUGCUCUUGGAUUUCUUGAUCAUUUGUUGUUGGGAACUCCUGCUUCACCUUUAAGGAAAAUCUUGCUUGAAAGUAGUUUGGGAGAUGCCAUUGUUGGUGGUGGAAUAGAAGAUGAGCUUCUUCAACCUCAAUUUAGCAUUGGACUCAAGGGUGUUUCUGAAGAAAACAUUCAGAAAGUUGAAACUUUAAUCAUGGACACACUUACAAAUUUGGCAAAUGAAGGUUUUAACAUGGAGGCUGUGGAAGCUUCCAUGAAUACAAUCGAGUUUUCUCUCAGAGAAAAUAACACUGGAUCAUUUCCUCGUGGCCUUGCCUUGAUGCUUCGCUCUGUUGGGAAGUGGAUAUAUGAUAUGGAUCCAUUUGAACCAUUGAAAUACCAAGAGCCUCUUGCAGCAUUGAAAGCUAGAAUUGAAAAGGAAGGAUCAAAAGCAGUGUUUGCUCCAUUGAUAGAGAAAUAUAUUUUAAAUAAUCCUCAUCUUGUCACGAUUGAAAUGCAGCCUGAUCCAGAGAAAGCUUCACAAGAUGAAGCAGUUGAGAGAGAAAGUUUGGAAAAAGUUAAAAAAAGUAUGACUGAGGAAGAUCUUGCUGAGCUGGCACGUAUGACCCACGAGCUAAAACUGAAACAAGAAACUCCUGACCCACCAGAAGCUUUAAAAUCUGUUCCAAGUCUCUCACUUCAAGAUAUUCCCAAAAAGCCCACUCAAAUUCCAAUUGAGGUUGGAGACAUCAAUGGGGUGAAAGUAUUGCAGCAUGAUCUCUUCACGAAUGAUGUUCUUUACACUGAAAUAGUAUUUGACAUGAGUUCACUGAAGCAAGAACUUCUUCCUCUGGUUCCACUCUUUUGUCAGUCAUUACUGGAGAUGGGUACAAAAGACCUGGACUUUGUGCAGUUAAAUCAGUUAAUUGGAAGGAAGACAGGUGGCAUAUCAGUAUUCCCUUUCACCUCAUCAAAAAGAGGGUCUGAAGCUCCUAUCAGUCAUAUUAUUGUUCGAGGCAAAGCCAUGUCAGCACGCACUGAAGAUCUUUUCAACCUUGUGAACUGUAUUCUCCAAGAUGUUCAGUUUGCAGAUCAAAAGCGCUUCAAGCAGUUUGUCUCCCAAAGUAAAGCUAGAAUGGAGAAUCGGUUAAGGGGAAGUGGGCAUGGCAUUGCAGCUGCAAGAAUGGAUGCAAAGUUAAACAGUGCAGGGUGGAUUAGUGAACAGAUGGGUGGUGUCAGUUACCUGGAAUAUCUGAAAGAUCUUGAAGAGAAAGUGGAACAGGACUGGAAUGGAAUUUCCAAUUCCCUUGAAGAGAUCCGUAAAACCCUUCUCUCAAAGAAGGGUUGCCUUGUGAACCUCACAUCCGAUGGGAAAAACCUUAAAAACUCAGAAAAACAUGUCGGAAAGUUUCUUGAUUUGCUUCCAGUAACCUCUCCAGUUGCAUCAUCUCCUUGGAAUGCACGAAUUCCUCCCAUAAAUGAAGCAAUCGUGAUACCCACACAGGUGAAUUACGUUGGAAAAGCUGCAAAUGUGUAUGAAACUGGAUACCAACUUAAGGGUAGUGCAUAUGUCAUAUCAAAACACAUAAGUAACACCUGGCUAUGGGAUCGUGUGCGUGUUAGUGGUGGGGCCUACGGAGGCUUCUGUGAUUUCGACUCUCAUUCAGGAGUAUUCUCGUUCCUAUCUUAUCGGGACCCUAAUUUGUUAAAGACAUUGGAUAUAUACGAUGGAACCUGUGAUUUCCUCCGUCAAAUGGAAAUGGACGAUGAUACCCUUACGAAAGCAAUCAUCGGAACAAUUGGUGAUGUAGAUUCAUACCAAUUACCCGAUGCCAAAGGGUAUAGUAGCUUGUUGCGGUACUUGCUGGGAAUUACAGAAGAAGAAAGACAAGUAAGACGUGAGGAAAUACUAUCAACAAGGCUAAAUGACUUCAAGGAAUUUGGUGAUGCAAUUGAUGCUAUCAAAGAUAAAGGAGUUGUGGUAGCAGUGGCAUCUCCUGAUGAUGUGGAGGCUGCCAACAAAGAAAGAUCCAACUUCUUUCAAGUCAAGAAAGCCCUAUAAGCUUUAUCUUGGCUUUAUGUUUCUAGAUUAUUAGAGCAAAUGAAGAAUUGAACAUAGACAUGUCUUUAUACCUCUGAUUAAUACGAUACUUUUUCUUUCAUAUAAAUGCAUUGGUAAAAUUUGAGUAGGCAUUAAAUAGUGUAGGGAAGGUGAUAAUGAAGGUAAAACUAAGGAGUAAGUGUGGGGGUCUGAACCUGAAAGUGAGUUGGAGUAAAACACAAGCAGUGGCCUUGUUUUUGAUUGGAUGAUAUUUGUUGUAUUUGUACUUUUAUGGUCCAGCCUUUAUCUUAUUAUAUAUACCUUCUUUACCAUUACCAGUUUAUAAGUUACUUGUGUAUCUUAUUGCAGAACUGAAUGCCCACAAGUACAUUUGCACUUUUUUAUUUUGAUACAUCACUUUCCAUUUGCAUGUCCUACUUAUACUGUAC